AUGGAUAAUGCUAUUAGUAAUGUCAAUGGUAAAAUUUGGUUAUUUUGGAUAAAUGAUAUAGCUUGCAAGGUUCUGGAAACUGAUGACCAACAGAUUACUUGUGAAAUCAACCACACUGAAGCUCCUGAAACUUACAUCAAGACCUUUGUGUAUGCCAAAUGCAAAGAUUAUCUCAGAAGGCCCCUUUGGUACAGGUUACUUCAUUAUGCAGAUAAUAGAAAUGCCACCCCUUGGUACACUGUUGGAGAUUUCAAUGUUAUAACAGAUACUGAUGAAAAGCUGGGAGGCAUUCCUUACAAUAUGAGAAAAAGUAUUGAAUUCAUUGGAGUCAUUGAAGCUUGUGGACUCAUGGACUUGGGGUUUAAUGGGCCUAAAUUCACUUGGUCUAAUCAAAGGGGGAUAAAUUUCAGAAUUUGGAAAAGGUUGGACAGAGCUAUGGUUAAUGAUAGGUGGUUGCAAAUCAUGCCUCACACUAACAUUACCCACCUACCCUCUGUGGGGUCUGACCACUGCCCACUCCUGAUGGAAAUGACGGUUAGACCAGAGAAUCACAUUAAAUAUUUUAGAUUUCUUAAUUGCUGGGCUGAUCAACCUGCAUUUGCAGAGACAUUUGGGGACAUUUAUGCAAAGGUCAGAGAUUUUGAGGAAAGAGUCAGGCUGGCAGAAGAGGACCUUAUUCACAACAAUACUGAAGAACAGAGAACAAAACUUCAUGGUAUUAAUGCUGAAUAUAUCAAAUUCAUGAAGUUGGAAUAUUCUAUUCUUAAACAAAAGACUCAGCUACAGUGGUUUAAAGAGGGUGAUGGUAACUCUAAUUACUUUCAUGCUUUGAUUAGAGGAAGAAGGAGAAGGUUGUUUAUCCACAAAAUCCUCAAGGACAAUGAUGAAUGGGUACAGGGUGAUGAUCACAUUGCACAGGCUGCCUGUGAGCAUUUCCAGAACAUCUUUACAGGAGAGGAGAAGCGUAUUGAUGAAAUCCCCAUGGAGUGCAUUCCCAGAAUUAUUACGCAGGAGCAAAAUGAUAGGAUGAAGGAGUUACCAACUUUGGAUGAGCUGAAAGAGGUGGUCCAAUCCUUGAAUCCCAAUUCAGCUGCUGGACCUGAUAGAAUGAAUGGGUGCUUUUUUCAGAAGUGCUGGAGUAUUAUAAACAAGGACCUGCUGGCAGUCAUUCACUCCUUUUUCAGUGGCCACCUGCUUCCUAAGUAUUUUUCACAUACUUGCCUAGUCUUGCUCCCUAAAGUGAGUAAUCCUAAUAAAUUAUCGGAGUUUCGACCAAUUAGCUUGAGUAAUGUCACAAACAAAAUUAUUUCUAAGCUAUUGUGCCUCAGAUUGGCUCCCAUCUUGCCUAGUCUGAUUUCUCCUAAUCAGUCAGGUUUUGUUAAGGGAAGGAGUAUUUCAGAGAACAUUAUGUUAGCUCAAGAAAUUAUUCACCAAAUCAAAAAACCUACCAUUGGAAGCAAUGUAGUGAUCAAACUUGAUAUGGCAAAAGCCUACGACAGGGUGUCUUGGUCUUAUACCUGUCUAAUCCUUCGAAAGAUGGGGUUUGACGAAGUCUUCAUAGACAUGGUGUGGAGAAUUAUGGCAAACAAUUGGUAUUCUAUCAUUAUUAAUGGCAAGAGGCAUGGUUUUUUCCACUCCACUAGAGGCCUAAAGCAGGGUGAUCCCCUAUCCCCUGCCCUAUUUAUUUUAGGUGCUGAGGUGCUGUCGAGAUCCUUGAACAGAUUGCAUCAUAAUCCUCAUUACCAUGGCUUCCAUAUAGAGAGGAGGGGGCCCCAGAUUAAUCACCUGAGCUUCGCUGAUGACAUUAUUAUUUUCACGUCUGGGAGGAAGCACUCUCUUAAGCUCAUUAUUCAUACAUUGGCUACUUAUGAGAGGGUAUCUGACCAGCUUAUUAACAAAGCAAAAAGCCACUUCAUGCUGCACUCUAGUGCCUUCAGAACCACCUGCGACAGGAUAGAAAAAUAUACAGCUACCUCCACACCCUCCACUGUUAUGAAGCAAAUUCAAGGUAUUAUGGCUGAUUUUUUCUGGGGAUGGAGGAAUGACAAGAAAAAAUACCAUUGGUCCUCUUGGAAAAACGUAAGUUUCCCUUAUGAUGAAGGAGGAAUUGGAGUUCGACUUAUGAAUGAUGUGUGUCAAGUAUUCCAAUUCAAGCAAUGGUGGACAUUUAGAUCCAACCAAACACUUUGGGGGGAAUUUUUAAGGGCAAAGUAUUGUCAAAGAUCCCAUCCUAUAAGUAAAAAAUGGGACACAGGAGAAUCCCAAGCUUGGAGAUUGAUGAUGAAGAAUAAACAUACUGUGGAGAGCAAUAUUCAAUGGAAAAUCAGAAGUGGAUCCUGUUCCUUUUGGUGGGAUAACUGGUUAGGAGUGGGGCCAUUAGCGCAUUAUACCUCGAACAGCAACAAGUUUAACAAUGAUUCAGUUUCGAAAUUUAUUGAAGAUGGACAUUGGAACAUACCUAAGGUGCUACGGGUAGCUCCUCCGAGCCAGGUACACCAUAUUUUAUCCAUGCAGCUACAGCUCCAGCAGGAACUGCCUGAUCAGGCAGUGUGGAAGCUCAACACCACUGGCCUAUUUUCUGUCUCGUCUGCAUGGAACAGUAUUAGAGAAAAAAGAGAAAAAACCAAGAUCAACAAUAGGGAGUUUGAGGAAACAAUUAGGAAAUCUGAGGAGGAACUUAUGACAAACAACACUGAAGCUCUUCGACAAGAAUUACAUCAGAUGAAUGCGACUUACAUUAGGUAUUUGAAAUUGGAAGAAUCUAUCCUUAAACAAAAGACAGAACUAUAA